GGUGCGCGCCGUGCGAGUGUUUGCAUCCGACGUCGCGUCGUCUGCUCCGCUCCGUUCGGUCACGCUCACGACUCGCGAAUUUCCGCCGGCGAAUACUUACGUUUGUGUUCACGGUCGAGCGUCGAAGUCGGGCUCGGACUGCCACUGUUGUCCGGUUUUGUGAAUGUGAUUCGCCGCAAAGUGGCGUGAAAAUGCGUCGUGCCGGGCUUUCUGUGCUGGGCUGUGUUUGUUAAAACGCGCCAUGGAAAAGCAAGUGUUUAUAAGUGGAACUGUCAACAAACCAGGAGUGAGGUUAUGUGCAGUGAUGUGUUUGUGAGAUUUGUGUGAAGCCUGCUGCCCAGGGCAGAGUCCUGUGGUCAAAAUGCAGGCCAAGAAACGAUAUCUUCUAGUCUUGUUAUCAUGUGCCUUCUUAGCAUACUGUUAUUUUGGAGGCUAUCGGUUGAAGAGCAAAAAUGUUAUUCCCAUCAAGCAAGGACUUCCUCACUUUUUAGACGUGACUGACCAGCUUUACGACAGUGAUGUGGACUCAUCUCCACACAUACGUCGAAUGGGAGAGUUCCAAGGAGACAAUUACAGCAAGUGUCGGAUGGAGACAUGCUUCGAUCUUGAACGCUGUCGUGCAGACUUUAAAGUUUAUGUUUACCCUUCAGCAAGUGAUAGUGAAAGUGAUGUCGAUGCGGAGUUGCCUACACCACCUCAGAGUCCUGCCUACCAAAAACUGCUCAACGUAAUUAUAGAGUCAAGAUAUUUUACUUCCGAUCCAGCACAAGCGUGUUUAUUUGUCUUGGCAAUAGACACAUUAGACAGAGAUUCACUUUCUCCUGAUUAUGUGAGAAAUGUCCAGGCUCGCGUUCAAAGGUUGAGAUUGUGGAAUAAUGGACGUAACCAUGUCAUCUUCAACUUAUACUCUGGGACGUGGCCGGAAUACCUCGAAGAGAGUUUAGGCUUCAACCCCGGCAUGGCCAUCCUGGCCAAGGCGAGCAUGUCGACGGCCAGCUUCCGGCCCGGCUUCGACAUCUCGAUCCCGCUCUUCCACAAGAACCACCCGGAGAAGGGCGGCGAGCCGGGCUUCGUCACGUCCAACAACUUCCCCGCCGCCAAGAAGUACCUGCUGGCCUUCAAGGGCAAGCGGUACGUGCACGGCAUCGGCUCCGAGACGAGGAACUCGCUGUACCACCUGCACAACGAGCGCGACAUGGUGCUCGUCACCACCUGCCGCCACGGCAAGAGCUGGAAGGACCUCAAGGACGAGCGCUGCGACGAGGACAACGCCGAGUACGACAGAUACGACUACGAGGUGCUGCUGCAGAACGCCACCUUCUGCCUGGUGCCGCGCGGCCGCCGCCUCGGCUCCUUCCGCUUCCUGGAGGCCCUGCAGGCCGGCUGCGUGCCCGUGCUGCUGUCCAACAGCUGGGUGCUGCCCUUCGGCGACGUGGUGGACUGGAACCGCGCCGUCGUCUGGGCCGACGAGCGGCUGCUGCUGCAGGUCCCCGAGCUGGUGCGCUCCGUGCCGCCGUCCAAGGUGUUGGCGCUGCGGCAGCAGACGCAGAUCCUGUGGGAGCGCUACUUCUCGUCCAUCGAGAAGAUCGUUUUCACGACGCUAGAGAUGAUCCGCGAGCGCAUCCCCUGGCAGCCGGUGCGCGACGGCCUGGCCUGGAACGUGAUGCCGGGCGGCUUGGUGACGCUGCCGCGCUUCGCCGACUCGUGGAACCGCUUCCCCUUCUACUCGGAGCGCCUGGGCGGCGCCGGCGACCGCUUCACGGCCGUGGUGUACGCCGGCCAGCUGGCGCCGCCCGCGCGCUCGCCCGGCGGCCUCCCCCAGCCCGUGCCCACCCCCGCGCCGGCCCUCACCAGGCUGCUGAGGAACGUCGGCCGCAGCCAGUUCGUCUCCAGGGUCGUGGUGCUGUGGUCGGGCGACCGGCCGCCCCCUCCGCGGUCUCGCUGGCCCGCCUUGCCCGGCCACGUCCCCCUCAACGUGCUGCAGCUCCAGACGCAGGCGCAAACAACGCCAGGGACGAUCGGGUCCAAGACUGCCGGGGCGGGUAUCUCCCAGCGGUUCUUCCCCCACCCCUUGAUCCAGACGGCGGCCGUGCUGUCCCUGGACGAGGACACUUUGCUCACGACGGACGAGGUGGACUUCGCAUUCCAAGUCUGGAAGUCGUUCCCCGACCGCAUCAUCGGCUACCCAGCACGCUCACACUACUGGGACGAUGCCAAAGGUUCUUGGGGCUAUACAUCCAAAUGGACCAAUGACUACUCAAUGGUACUAACUGGUGCAGCUUUUUACCAUCGGUAUUAUAAUUAUUUGUAUUGGCAUUGGCUAAGCCCAUUGCUCCAUAAGACUGUUGAGCAGUCGCAGAACUGCGAAGAUAUUCUAAUGAAUUUUCUAGUUAGUCAUGUAACUCGACGACCUCCUAUAAAAGUCACUCAGCGUAAACAGUACAAGGACCAGCCUGCAGGCGGAGCAAGAUCUCCUUGGAAUGACCCUGAUCACUUCAUUCAGCGUCAAACCUGUCUCAACACCUUUGCUGCUGUUUUUGGCUACAUGCCUUUGUUGAGGUCCAACAUGCGUUUGGAUCCUGUCUUAUUUAAAGAUCCAGUGUCAAAUAUGAGAAAAAAGUAUCGACAAAUGGAGCUUGUGGGAAGCUAGUACCGGCUGACAGGCAGCACAAAUAUUUUUUAAAAUGCUGCCAUAAAUCAGUGUUUGUUUCACAUUCUUUGAUGCCUUCCCAUGUAAAUUGUUUUCAUGUGAGUCUUACAAACGAGGCAAAUUCUAAUUAUACUGUAGGUUGUAAUUGCUGUUUACAGACUGUCACGGAGUCAAAUAUUUCUAACUUUGUUUGCAAUUUGUUUUAGAAAAGUUAAAUUGGUAUUCAUUGGAAUACAAUUCACUGCCAUAUUAAUGUGUCAGGAAAACAGGGUAUUUGAGUACUCUAUUCCUCUUGAUGGCUUAGUCGUUUCAAGAGAUAUGAGACUUCCUUUGUGCAUAUCAAUUUUAAAAACUUUGAAGUACUAUGAUAAACUUUCAUGUUCAUGCUAAAAUUUAUGGAAAGCCCCAUCAGAAUGACUGAAGGAUGGAUCUUCCUCAGAACUUCUACCCUUUGUCUCUGGUUGAGGAUUGACUCAUUCUGAAUCUGAAUCAUUGCAUA